AUGUUUGUUAACUUAUUGACUAGCCUCUGUCGACCUCGGGAUAGAUACCGAGAAAGGGAAAAUGGAAGAUCAAGUAAUGAAGGGAGUGCAAGAACAAAUACCGGCAGCUUGCAGCCUGAUACUACCACUAGUUCAUCCAUGGCUAUGCCAACUGUUGUGUUGUCCGGCUCUCGACCAUUUUCAGGCCAGCCACCAACCAUUCUUCAAUCUCGUGACCGGCAAGAUGAUUGUGGCAGCAGUUAUGAAGAAAGUUUGGAUGGAAGCAAGGACUUUGGUGACACUGGCAGUGUUGGGGAUCCAGAUUCAAUAACGGCAUUUGAUGGGCAAUCUGUUGGAUUUGGGUCUGCUCAAAGACAUGGAUCUAGAGGGAGCAAGUCUAGGCAAGUAAUGGAGCGGAGAGAGGGAAGAGAACGAGAUGGAAGACGGGAAGGGAAGUGGGAGAGAAAACAUUCAUGA